AUGGCCAUGGCCACCGAAGGCAAUUUCUACCUCACGCUUCAAAGCAGCAUCGGCUGCUGCUUUUCACCGCCGCUGCAGUGCCACGGCUCACGGUGCGCCUCGCACGCACUCCCAAUGGCACCCGGCGAUGGCGGCAUCAGAGCCUCCUCGCCAGACCUCCCAUCAGCCCGGCCAAAACUCACAAAUUCGACGAGAAGACCACGCGCUUAUUCCGCUGCCGGUGCGCUACCGAGACUCCCACGGCCUCCGUCGAUCAGACGCGGAGCCGGGGCGGUAGCAUGCGUCCGCGGAAGCGAGCAGCAAUCCUCCCCUGCCGUCGCGGCAAAGGCGCGGCCCGAGCCCGACACGCUUAACGUCGAGUUCCGGACGCGGGACGGCUGCCGGCUCGGCAUCGCCAGGUACCCGGACUUCGCGUACAACGCGCAGGGCGGCCGCGGCGUGGGCGCCGGGCGCGGAGCGAAGAGCGGGGAGGAUGGCACGGUACUCGUCGACUUCGACGUGGCGACCCUGUACAUCCCAUCCAUGUCCGGCGCGACGACCAGGUUCCUCGGGCUGCCGCUACCGCCGUUCCACUGGUCGAGGUUCUGCUUCUCGGUUGGGAGCGUCUACAAAGCGCCGCCGUUGUUCGUCGAGACAACACUGACCUCUGAGGAGUCGAGGGGAGCCAUAAGAUCCGGCACUGGGGAAAGAAUGGACGAAGAAGGGAGAUGCAAGCUGGUUGGGGUGGCCGUCGUUGACCCAGUUGACGACCUCUUCAUGAACACAUUUCUCAGCCUGUCGACCGAGUGCAUUGCUUACUUGAAUGCCACCAUUUCCAUAGCCACAGAGAGAUGA